CAAGGUUAUCGGUGUCUUUAGUGACAAAAGAUCAGUUUCCAAAUCAACUGAAUGUCGAGUGGCCUCCAUGAGCUCAUGGUCCCUUUAAGAUAUAGUGUCAAAAAUCAAAAACAACGCUUACAAGGUAGAACUUCUAGGAACUUAUGGUGUUUCAAUUAUAACCUUCGAUGUAUUCAACCUUUCACCAUAUUUGGAUGAUAAACUUGAUAUAAACUCGAGGGCGAGGUCUAUUCAACCCAGAGAGUAUGAUACAAGUUAAGAUAGUCUCUCCAUUGUCACCAUCCUACCAUGCUAGUUUCUCCAUUGCACCAUCCUAUUAUUGACUUUAAGCUAAGCAAGCCAAUAUGCUUAACAAUUCCAAUUUUUACAAGAUCAUUUUUCCAUUGAUGCAUUAAUUAGUUCUACUAUUUCAUCAGUAAUUUGGCAUCUAGAAUUAUUAUAAAUAAGGCCAAUUCCUCACGAAUUCUCAUCAUUGAAAUAUAUGAAAUCUAUUUCCAAAUAAACAUGGGAUUUGCAUACACAAAAUUAGCACUCUUAUCAGUCAUAAUUUUCAUCUCAAUUUUCCCUCAAACAUAUAUUUCUCAUGACAUUGAAAGCAGUUUCCUUCAAUGUUUUUCAUCAGGUUUAGAAAAUUCAAACUCAACUACAAAAGUAAUACUCACUCAAAACAGUUCAUCUUAUACACCUCUUUUACAAUCUUCCAUAAGAAACAACAGAUUCUUAGAAAGUUCAGUUCCAAAACCUUACCUUAUUGUUAUUCCAAAUGAUCUAUUCCAAAUCCAAAAAACAAUAAUUUGUUCAAAAAAACAAGGCCUAGAAAUAAGAGUUAGGAGUGGUGGACAUGACUAUGAAGGUCUUUCUUAUGUCUCUAAUGUUCCAUUCUUAAUGAUUGAUCUCAGAAACCUUAGGUCAAUAACUAUUGACAUCAAAGAAGAAAAUGCAUGGGUUCAAGCAGGUGCUACUCUUGGAGAACUCUACUAUGCAAUUGCAAAUAAAAGUAAUCUUCAUGGUUUUCCAGCAGGUAGUUGUCCUACUGUCGGUGUCGGAGGUCACUUCAGCGGAGGUGGAUUUGGUACCAUAUUUAGAAAAUAUGGUCUUGCAACUGAUAAUAUAAUUGAUGCUCAAAUAAUCGAUGUUAACGGAAACAUUCUAAAUAGAGAAAUGAUGGGUGAAGAUUUAUUUUGGGCUAUAAGAGGAGGUGGAGGAUCAAGCUUUGGAGUGAUUACUGCAUGGAAAGUCAAGCUUGUACGUGUCCCUUUAAUAGUGACAAUUUUCGAUAUUCCAAAUAGAUUAGAUCAAAAUGCUACUACCCUUUUCAUGAAAUGGCAAAUUAUAGCAAACAAGCUUCCUAGUGAACUUUUUCUUCACUCAGUUUUGGGAAUAGCUGCUAAUUCAUCUUCUGAUAGUGGAAAAACUGUAACUGUUUCUUUCACAGGACUGUAUCUUGGGAAAUCCGACGACUUGCUACCUUUGAUGCAAAACAACUUCGAAGAAUUAGGUUUGCAACGUGAUAAUUGCACUGAGAUGAGUUGGAUUCAAUCUGUUCUUUAUUUAACAGGUCAUUCCAUCAAUGGUUCAUUGGAAGUGUUACUUCAAAGAAACACAACACUUACAAGUUUCAAAGCUAAAUCAGACUAUGUAACAGAUCCAAUUCCUAUGUCAGGUUUGGAAGGGUUGUGGAACUUGAUACUUGAAGAAGACAGACCAACUUUGAUUAUGACACCAUAUGGAGGGAGAAUGAGUGAGAUUUCAGAAACAGAAACUCCAUUUCCACAUAGAAAUGGGAUCAUUUAUGGUAUCCAAUAUUUGGUAGAUUGGGAGAAAAAUGAAGAAACACCAAAGCAUGUGGAUUGGAUUAGAAGGUUAUAUGCAUACAUGACACCUUAUGUAUCAAAGGGUCCAAGAGCUGCAUAUUUGAAUUAUAGGGACCUUGAUUUAGGAGUAAAUAGAGAAAAUACAAGUUAUGAAGAAGCAAAAUCUUGGGGCGUGAAAUAUUUCAAGUCUAAUUUUGAAAGAUUGGCUCAGGUAAAAGAUGAAGUUGAUCCUACCAAUUUCUUUAGGGAUGAGCAGAGCAUUCUACCGUUGUCCCGUGAAACUAGCUUAGUUGAUAAGGACAAUGCAUAAUAUGUGCAAAGUCUGGGGUUCGAACCCCGGACGAACCCCAGACACCACCAAAAAAAGGUCCGAGGCUCGGGUAAGGACAGAGCAUUCCACCUUUAUCUUAUCGAUGCAUGAAGCUACUUUCCUUACACCAAUUUACUCCCUUAUCCUAUUACUAUAAUUAAAAGGGUCGUGUUAACAACUGUCUUUAGUGCAUUGUUAAGGAAAUAAAAAAAGAAAUAAAUGAAAAUUUUAUAUGUAAAGGGUCACUUUGUAAAACUUUAAGGUAUUAUAUUAAAUAAUUUUGACGUUUAAUUUCUUUAA